GACACCCCCUGCCCCCAGGCUCGUUGCUCUCCUGGCUGCCGAUGUUGACGGUGACCGAGCUCGGAGUAACGAAGUGUGUCCCGUCUCCUCCUCCCAGGGGAACAUCGGCAUCUGCAGUUACGAGGCUGGCGAAGUGAAGCUCUUCGACUUUGGCUGCAGCUGUUUCGAUCAUGAAGAGCACUUUACUAAGAUCCAGACCCGACACUACCGAGCACCCGAAGUCAUACUGGAUCUGGGCUACAGCUUCCCUGCCGACAUGUGGUCCCUGGGCUGCACCCUUGCAGAGUUGCACUCGGGCCAGAAGCUAUUCCCAGGACACACGAACGAAGACCAGCUGCAUUCUAUCAUGGAGGUGUUUGGACUCCCGCCCCAGGACAUGAUCGAAGAGUCCCGUGUCCAACUUGGAUUUUUCGAUGACAGCGGCCGUGCCCAGCUGCCCCGCAGCCUCGUGAGGGUCCCGGGGAGCCGCGCCCUCCCGCUGGCGCUCCGAACGACGGACGAGCACUUCACCGACUUCAUUCGGAGCUGCCUGCAGUGGGAUCCGGAGUGGCGCCUCACGCCCCACGGUGCCAUGGAUCACGAAUGGGUACGGGCCCCGAGGAUGCCCCCUGCCCCAUCAGCCGCCUCUGACCUCGACGGUGAAGAGGGCCCAGGGCCACCGUCCGGCAACGAAUGCGGAUCCGCUGCUCCCCUCCGUGAUGCGAAGGACCCAGGCGCAGCACUGCACGGACACCCGGAUGCGACCUUGGCAUCACAUGAUCACCGGGCAGACCAAGUCAUAGAGGAGGAUCUUGUCUUUGCUCUCGGCCGUAAGAAGGACACUGCUGGAACACCUCUGAUUCAGGAGGACCUGACUACAGCUCGCUCUGCACAGCAGUGCCCAGCCUUGGCUUCCUGCGCUCGGCAGGAAGCUGAUGGCACAUCUCAAAGUCACGAGCGCCUGGUCACAUCGUCAGUUGCACAGCGGGACCCAAAUUCACCUUGUGGCCCGAAAGCAGAAGCUGCCAAGGCUUCAACAAACGAGGGCAACUUAACCAUGACCCCGGUUGACCCCAGCCCAGCUGCAGCAUCCGACUGCAACAGGAGUUUGGCUACAGAUUCCUGCAAUAAGCAGCGGCAGGCGGCUCGCACUCCGCGCGAAACGAUUCGAGCUGCUGAUCCAGAGGAUGCUGAGGGGCCUUCUGCGAGCGCAGGCCAGGCGAAGGCCCCUCCGGCUGGGGAGGUCGUCCAGGCUGUGUCGCGUCGGCACAAUAAUCCACCGCAGCGUUUUCUCUUCGCCAGCAAGAGACUGCGUCCCUUCUUCAGGCGAUUGCUUCACUGCCAUUCCUGCUGCUGCGGCGAUGGAGACGUUGCUUAUUGACACCGUUGAGAAGCUAAUGUGUGUUACUCAUAAUGUGAACUUGUUUUGCAAAUGCGCGGGAUGUUCUAUCACACUAUCAUAAUAUUUUAGAAAAAAGCUUUGCUGGCUGGCUGGCUGGCAGGCUGGAGGGAGGGACACAUCAAGUCGCGGUAUCUCUUCACUCUCCUUAACACUUUGACCACGGCGAAAAAGAGCCACGUUCUUUGGAGCACGUCCGAAGUUCGGCUUCUGUUGAUCGCCUGCGGAGCCAAGACCGUCGAUCCUCGCAGAGUGGCGCUUCUCUGUGGCAGCUCCCGUCAUGUGGAACUCUGUCUCCCACAAAGGAAGCAUUCUCACUCCCUAUAGCGCAGGGGUCAGACACCAAAUUUACAAAACGAGCCAUUUUUUUUUUUCAAAUUCGGUGAAAAAACCCCUCUGUUUCAAGUGCCGCAAUGCAUGUGCCUUUGAGACGGUCCUUAAUAAAUAACGUCACGAAGCAGUCCUUAAAGAGCCAAAUGCGGCUCCGGAGCUGCAAGUUGCCGACCCCUGUUCUCGUGUUGGGACCCAGCUGAAUGUGCAACCCUUGUCCAGGCCAGUGCGCGAGGAUCUGUGAGCCUGUGCGCAUCGCGCCUCCGAGUUCGCGCCAACACAAUGACUUGUCUGUUGGUCAAAAUGUGUGCGCAUUACAAAUUGUUUCACGAUUUAAUAUUAUUAUUACCUUCACAACCUCGUGUACUCGGGGCUUAAUUUCAUCUGGGACUCAGCUGUAAGUUACCCAAGUAAAACCAGGCCUUGUUUAGGAUUUUUUGUGAUUUGGUCUAAAUGCUAAAGGGUCCAACAGUCAAACAUACACAGCUCAUCAAAGAUCUAAGGAUUGGUAGGAGAAACAUCCAAAUUCGCCAAGCGUGGCUGCCUUGUGUAUUAUGAUGGUGUUGUAAUAUAUUGCUGUAUUGUACAUUCAGUGACUUUUUUUUGUAAAUUCUCAAUAUUAAACCAAUCAUAUUUAAACCAAACUCUUAGAACUCUUUUAUUGACUAUUGCAUCGGGAUAUUUCUGGUGUACAGUACAACUUGACUGCAUAACGUGUCUGAACACAACAUUUCAGGGCACUCAUGGGAUGGGCAAAUUGUGGCAACAAAGGGGAGGAAGUUAACGAUGUGAAUGGUGACAAGGAUGAGGAGAGACAGUUGCUCGUGG